CAAUAAUGCAAUAUCAUGUUUCAUAAUAAGAUGUUUUGGGAACUCUCUAAGAUGUAUUUUUGAUAAGUAAUCAACUCCAAGAGGAUUAAAAACAUUAUCAAAAUAAAGGGAAACAUCUUUCUGAUUUUGAAGGCAAUCUAGAUAACAAAACAAGUAAAACCAGGUUAGACCGAUAUUUGGAAAAGUACUAAUGUAUUAUAGAAUAACAUUUUAGAAAGAAAAUAAAUACAAGUAGAGAAUAAUAGUUCCCAAUCAUAAUCAAUUCAAAAUGCUAAUAUAAUAAAAGUGCAACAAAAAUUAAACGAUAGUUAAACAGCCUAUUCAAGUAAGAUGAGUUUACCAAGAGAAAGCUCAGAAAAUGAUGACAAAGAAUAACACUUAAUUGGAGCUGGUCUUUCGCAAUAUAUGUAAUAAUUAUAGUAGUCAAAACUACAAUGUAUUUAUGUGAAUUAGGAAUGCUAAACAGAAGAAUUAAAAUAAUAUUACAAUAUUUAAGGAUAAAAUGAAUUAGUAUUUAAUAUUAGUGAGUCUAAUAACUCUAUGAUAGAUAUAAUUAAAUUAUUGAGCAGUAAACAUAAUUAAUAGAACACUAUUUGUGAACAAAUUCAAUUAAGUCUUCAAAUAUAGAAAGAAUAGUCUUUAAAAAAAGACUUUUUCUGUUAAUUUAAUACUGAAAUCAAACUUAAUUAAUAGAUUGAUAAUUAAUAAAUUAAAUAAAUUUGUCAUUGCAAUUAAAAGAUUAAAAAGCCUCUUUUAAAUGAUUUUGGAUGCUAAUAUGAUGAAUCUCUGAAUUAAGUGAAUAUAAUUCUAAAUAAUGAACAUCCAAAGAAUAUUCGAUCUUUAAGUAGAUGUCUGACGUCAGCUAACCAAAAUAAUAAAAAUAGCUCGCUUAAUAGUGAUGAUUAAAUAACUUUCUUAGAAUAAGGUAUAUAUUUGUUUUAACAAUAUAGAAUUGCAAUUAAGAGAGGAGUUGUUAGAGACAAAGACACGAAUUAUCACUGAUAUGCAAUAAUAAUUAAGUGAGUAUUACAAAUUUUUUAAUAAAGAGAAUAAUAUCGAAUAAGAGAAUGACUAAGAAGAUCAAAGUGUAUAAAAGGAGAGGGUAGAUUGGAAAGUUAAUGAGUUAAAUCGAUAAAUAGAGGAGAAUGUAGAAAUUUAAGAUUAACUAACAUAAAUCAUGUUAAAAUAAAGUGAUGAGAUUUUAGAGUUAAAAAAGGUUUUAGAUGAAACGACUGAAUAGAACUUUUAAUUGAGGGAAGAACAAGAAUAGUUAAUCAUCCAGAUAGUAUAAUACAAAUAGCAAUUGAUCGAAAUUUAAGAAAGCAAAGUUAGAGAAAUUAAUUUAAUCAAUUAAGAUUAUUAAGACAAAUUAUCAAAAUAGAAUAUGAUAAUUGAUGAAUUGUAAUCUCAGAUUAAAACCAUUUAAACUAAUACAAAUGAUAUUCCUUAGUUAUAGAAUACAUUGAAUAAUAUACCAGAACAUCAAAUUGAUGAGUUUGGAUUAGAUUCUUAAUGUACUAAAGAUAACAAUUUGACUGCUCAGAAUGUUCUUAAAAAUAUCAAUAAAAUGACAACAAUGACAGCUGGUUUGAUGUCUAAUAAAUAAGACUACGUUACUCUUGAAGUCUUGGGAAGAAUUGAUUAGAGUAAGAGUCUAACUAUAUUAGAUUAUUAGAAAAAGACAAAUUGA